UGCUUUGUGCCUCACAGUGACCCAACUUCCUCCAAUCCCACACAUCGGCAGCACUAGCUUGGGAUCUCUCUAUCUAUCUCUCUCUAUCGAUCAUCUCCUCACGCCCAUGAAUUUUUUGUUGGGUGCAAUUUUUCCUUUUCCUAUGGAUCUUCCAUGCAAAUAAGUCAUGAUAUAACGAAUUUGUCCUAACAAUUUAGAUCAGCCUUUAUGCAUGCUACAUUAAUCAUCAACGUGAUUGAUUUUCUCCACAAAGUUAUUUUGAUUCAGAGCUAGAGAUGAAUGAUGUCCAACGUGUGAGGAUUUGAUAUCUUUGUUCAUUAGUAGAGACAUAACAAAAUGAAUAAUGGGAUUCCUCACUCUUUCUUGCUACAUGUACAAUUACAUCUGUGUCUACGUAUCUGCUUCCUGUCCGUAGUCCGAUGUAGUCUGAUGUAGAAUGCUCGAGGUACCGUAAGGUUAUUUUGUGUCACUUGUGCCAAAUCAUGAGCGUAGUUACUCAGCAGUCUGAGGUCGUAUUCAAAUGUAUAAUAUGAAGAUCGACCUGCUUCCUCGCAGAUAACCAGAGAACAUGGAAAUUAGAGGAUUGUAGCAGAGAUUCAAAGCGAGGUAUUGAAUUUGCGGGUUCGCAGGCCGUGGACAAUCUCGGAGUGAUGGGUUUCUCUUCUUCGUUCCAGAAUAUCACAUUCAAGCAUAUAUCGGGAACAAAUUGUAUCGUUGUGCUUUUGUUGCGUAGCCUGGCUGCAGGUGCCCUGCCCAACGACGGUAUCACGACGCAUCUCUCUGCCUGCCUGGGUGCCUUGGAAAGCUGAAUCAACUCUGCUGAGAAAUUUCCUCUGGAGGGCAAUCCAGGACUUUGAGCGAGCAGGGAUGCCGAAGGAAACUGUUCUGCGAGUCUGGAGAUACUGAGAAGAAGUGACAGAACCGAGUGGGACACCGCUACAAAACUAGCUCGAUGUGCGAUAUCUCACACAGAGCAGAGUAACGAGCCCAAUGGGGAGUUUAAAUUCAGACACGUUCUAAGAGAAGGAACCAUCGAUGGCGACGUCGGAGAAAAAGAAAGGUAGAUUAGAAGCGUUAGAGCGCAGACUGACAGCAACACCCUCAACCCCUCAAGAUCAGCUUCCAACUGCUUCUAAAAAGACCGCAACUUCGAAUGCUUCUCCCUCAACAUUUGUUUACCCAGCACCCGCAAGAUCUCAAGCUGAAAUCAUAGAGCGAGAGAAAACGUACGCGCAGCUGUGUCCAUCUGUGGUUGAUGGUCCCUUAUCUUCUCUCUUGAAGCACAAGAGAGGAAAGGAUUCCCAUGCGGCCAUACACGACUUCUUGAAGAUUCUGUUGGAGGGCAGCUCAAAGUUUCAAGAUGUCGAAGAAACACUUGAGAGUCGUGUGCAGGAAAACCAAGUAUUGUUGCUUGACAACCCGACAAAUCAAGUAGUUCCAGCAUCAGAAAAGGCACGAGAUCGUGUUCAUCGAAAUAGGGCCAAGCGUUCAAGAGAACAUAUGUCCUUGCGCCAGCAUCGAAAGUGUGGCUCCUAUGGUCUGCCUCAAGAGUUUCGAGAAUAUCAGCUAUUUCAACCAUUGCAAGAGAUGUGGACUACCUACGCUAAAGAUUUGCUCUCAGAUUGCAGCGAGACGAUGAUGCAGACACGCCUGUUGACAGCCGAUCUUCACGGGGCAGUCCUUUCGGUUGUGGAUAGCAAAAACUCCUCGUUCGCUGGUACCCGAGGCGUUAUGGUGAGGGAGACAGAGAACACCUUUGGAAUCGUGACCAUGAAUAACAAGUUUAGAGUUAUUCCGAAGGUUGGAUCAAUUUUCAGAUUAGAGAUGGAGAAUAUAAAAGUCACUCUUUUCGGCAACAAUUUAGGGCUGAGAAGUAGUGCAACUAAAGCUAAAAAACAAAAGCUUACAUCUACUAUCGAGCUUUGACUAUCUCGAGCUUUUACAGGGUUAGUGAGGUAACUUACCCUUUUGUGGGAAGUAAAUUUUACAGGCUUCAAAUGUUGAAUCCUAUUUGGACAAUGCAAGGCAGUUGAAUGUUGUGGACUCAGCGAGUUCCACCAGAUUACAGUCUUUUCGUGAGAGGUUGUUUGCGUAAAGUUACUGAGGGCGCUCUUUAAAGACUCAUUCUCGAUGUUUUGGAUCCAUCUUUUCCUAACAGUGUGCUAAGAAACCUCUGCAUUAUUUUUUGGAAACAGCAAUGGAAUCCUCCACGGUCUGUUGGCUCUUGAGUUUUUUUCCACCCCUCGCCCAGUCCAGUGCAGCAAGCUUGACACGCCUAUGCGCAGU